CAUUUUCUACCAAAAAAAAAAAUCACACACACUCUCUCUCUCUCUGCAAAAAACCAGAGAUCCAUUGAAGCUCUCUCUCUCUCUCUGUCUCUCUCUCUCUCUCUCCACUUUCUUCUCUCUUCUUACUUUUUUAUUUCUGCAUUUUCUCUCUCUACAAAGCCAGUGAAAAAGCUGCAUUAUUCUCUAAUGGCAGUGAGUGUUUCAAAGCCUUAAAUUUCACUUCUUUCUGUAAACCCUUAGAUCGCCGCUUCGUCACUCUUCCGCCGUUAAAUCUGAACCGUUCAUCGUCGAAUUCUCUCUUUCUCUCUCUUCCGAGGAUCACACACCUGCAAUUCUGGAUCAAUUGAGUGUACAAGUACCUUGCAUUUUGGGUCAUCCAUGUCGUCGGACAUAAGCUAGAUUUCAUCUUAUCGAGCUUCUUGCCAGUCUUGUUCAAGCUUUUUUUUUUAGUUGAAUCUUUCUUUUCAUAUAUAGAUAUAUUUCUAUCAAUAUAUAUUACUUAUUUACAAUUGAAAAGGUUUCAGCUGAAAAAGAGUUAAUGGCAAGUGCAGUGAAUAUAGUGGAGCUUACCAUAGUGGAACAUUCGAGUGUUGUGUGCUUGAAGUUGUAAGCGUUUGAAAGGUUCAUAGAGCAGAGAAGCUUUAGGUUUUCUGGGGGUUUGAAAUUAGAUUAAGCGGAGGGUGAGUGAUGGGCAGGGAUCGACUGUUAUUACCGACGGUGGGACCGCCAAUAAAACCGAGAGCAGGAUUACGGAGAAAGCAAGCGGGUAGAGGCUCAUAUAGGGGAAGUUAGGGCACGAAAUUUUCUGCCGGAAAUUUAAGGUAGGAGACUUUUUAAUUUCGGGGGGGUUUUUGAAGUCGAAAGAUAUACCCCGUUGGUGGGGUUCUGUUCAGUGCGCUAUCGGUGAAAAUAAACUUUUGGGAGAAGAUGGGUACUGACUUACAGCAAAUACUGAGGAGUCUCUGUUUCAAUUCAGAGUGGAAGUACGCUGUCUUUUGGAAACUCAAGCAUCGCGCUCGAAUGGUGUUGACUUGGGAGGACGCUUACUAUGACAAGAGUGAGCAACAUAGUCCAGCAGAGAAUAAGUGCUCAAAUAAGAAAUUGGAAAAGUUGCACGAUGGGCUUUAUUCACAUGACCCCCUUGGGUCAGCAGUGGCUAAGAUGUCGUAUCAUGUAUAUUCUCUUGGUGAAGGGAUUGUUGGACAAGUGGCAGUGAGUGGAAAGCAUCAGUGGAUCUUUGCAGAUAAGCAUGAAAUGAGUACAUGUUCAACAUUUGAAUUCUCCGAUGGGUGGCAAAAUCCAUUUUUUGCAGGGAUCAAGACUAUUGCUGUUGUAGCUGUUGCUCCUCUUGGAGUUGUACAGCUUGGAUCUUUAAAUAAAGUCGUUGAAGAUAUGAAGAUGAUUGCUCAUAUUAGAGAUGUCUUUAUGGCUCUUCAAGAUUCUUCAAUGGGGUGUAUUCCUAGUUUAAUACCAUCCAGUAUGAAUAGUUCAUUAGAUUUGCAAGAUAUACCUUCAAAAGGUUUUGCUCCGGAGGCUAUUUCUGAUUGCUUGCACAAUUUAGACAAAGCCUUGAAUGAAGAGAGGCCAGAUGUAUGGUUUUCAAUUUUUCCAUACUUGGGGAAAGACAAUGAUAGUUCUUAUGUUUGGUCGCUGCCUGAUAAUCAGCAAGAAAAGACAGCUGAUAUUGUGAUUAACCGUGGAGGACUUGAGUUACCCACAAGUGGGGCCGAUGAAAAUGCCAAGUUAGCUCAAUCAGAGGCAAACAUUAUAAAUCUUGAGAAUCACAAAGUAAUUGGCACGAACAUGCAUGAUAAAUGGAAGGGUGGAAAGGAGAUUAGCUGCAAAGUUCCUGCAGUGGAUUCAGUAAACAAUGUUAAUCCAUUGUCACGUGAGUCCAUUGUGCGUGAUGUUAAUGUAUGCAACAUUGUACCAGCUGAAAACGUUGAAGUUGACUCCGUGCACUUUUCAUCUGUCCCUUUUGACUCUGCUAUUUGUGACAGAGUUAGGUUGGAUAAUGUAGAUUACUACCAAAAUGGGGUGUUGCACGUAAGUGAGCCCUCAGAUAUAAAAUUCCAGAAAGAUCUGGACAAUCUGGAGUUUCUAACUGAGUCAAGCCAUAUGGAUACAUCUACCACAUCUUUAAAGUUCCCUGCUGGUUACGAGCUCCACGAGGCACUUGGACCAUCUUUUUUAAAAAAAAGCAAGUAUUUUGAUUGGGAAUCAACUAAAAGUGAAGGGAAAAUUCCUGAGAUGCCGGGGCAAACUAGCUGUAGCCAGUUAACUUCUGAUUUUCAUCCAGAGCAUCUUCUAGAAGCAGUAGUAGCUAGUGUUUGUCAAAGUCAUAGUGAUGUUAAGAGUGAAAAGUCAUUUUGUAAAUCAGUGCAAUCUCUGUUGACGACCGAAAACUAUCCUGAGCCUUCAAGCCAUACAACGCUUGCUACUGAUUUGACAACGCUUGUUACUGAUUCAUCAAAUCAUUCCAUUGGCCCGACAUCCCUGAUAGGAGAGGACACACCACAAUGCUUGAGUUCAUCAGGGGUCUGUGGUGCAAUGUCCCCAAAAGGGUUUUCAUCAAAUUGUCCAAGUGCUUGCAGUGACCAGCUAGAAAGGUCUUCAGUACCCAGUAAGAACAACAAAAAGAGAGCUAGACCUGGUGAAAAUUGUAGACCUAGGCCAAGAGACAGACAACUGAUCCAAGAUCGUAUUAAGGAACUAAGGGAGCUAAUACCUAGUGGAGCAAAGUGCAGCAUUGAUUCACUGCUGGAGCGCACGAUCAAGCACAUGCUUUACCUGCAAAGUAUCGCUAAGCAUGCUGACAAGCUAAAUAAAUAUACUGAUGGGAAGUCAAGUCACAAGGAAACAAGCAUGCUGGAAUCCUCAAACUAUGAACGGGGUUCAAGCUGGGCAGUGGAGGUGGGAGGCAAUCUGAAAGUUUGUUCGAUAAUAGUGGAGAAUCUGAACAAGAAUGGGCAGAUGGUUGUGGAGAUGAUGUGCGAAGAAUGCAGCCACUUCCUUGAGAUAGCAGAAGCUAUUAAAAGCUUGGGUCUUACAAUCUUAAAAGGAGUAACAGAAGCCCAUGGUGACAAGACAUGGAUAUGUUUUGUGGUUGAGGGACAGAGCAACAGAAGCUUACACAGAAUGGAUAUAUUAUGGUCACUGGUUCAAAUACUGCAGCCUAAAAAUGCUACGCAACAGUAAUAGUUCUUUUCUUUGUCUUUUUGUGUGUAAAUUCUUGUCAGCUAUCUAUUUACUUCUAUUUGCAUAUUUGAGUGUGAAGAAGAUGCCAUUUUAUCAUUUUCCUUCUCUUCUCUUCUCUUCCGUUUGCUUGAAAUUUGAUUGUCAUGUAUUUGAAUGUAUGGAAUUAUAUUAUAAAUAUUUAAGUCUCUUGUGUCUCUA